CUCUGAUGCUCUUUCUCCUGUUCAUAGUUCUAUUUAAUAUUUGUAAAACCUCACAAAAACCAGAUUAUGAAGAAAGCUAUCCAAAAAGUAUUUAUAAGCCUUCACUUACAAUGGAGAACUCCAAAAUUAUAGCUCAAAGCUCAAUAGUUCCUCAAUCAUCUAGAGAACUCAAAAUGGAGCGCGAUAAUGCUUCCUCCUCCUAUGCCAACUUCCAAAAAGUUUACAAAAUCACUCCCUACAAACCCUGGCUGCCAGCUAAAAUCUCACAAGUCAAGUCCUAA